AUGACAAACCCAUCAGCCUUCGGUACACCGUCGCCUCCACAUGUUAUGGCCACUCCUUCGACGGAAGUCCAUCAGUUGGUGCGAUUUUUGCACGACCGGAACCGCUUUCUGACGGCGGAGAACGAGAAGCUCCUGGAAGAGUAUGAAGCCUUGAAAAAAGACGUCAUACACAACGAGGCCCUCGUCUCGUGGCAGCACAGAUUAGUCAGCCUAGGAGAAGAGCACAUCAAGCUACUAGAGACAAUCAUUCAAGUUCAGCGCGAAGGAGGGUCUCAGUCAACGCCUUUGCCGAUUGAUGAAAGGAUCGAAUUUCAACCUCAA